AUUAUUCUUACCUCCAUUAUGAGUUCCAAUACCAGACGGUCAGGCUCACCCAGUCCACAGGGACUCCAGCGUCCUACAGCAAAAAGAUCACCGUCCAUUUUAGUAACAGACUCCCGGACUCACUACGUUAAGGGAGCUCGAGCACCCUUCGCAGGACACAACUACAAGAAGCAGCAACAGCAACAGCAACAGCAACAACAGCAACAGCAACAGCAGCAACAGAAUAAGCUUCUCAGUAAUUCCAGUGAUAUUCCUUCUGGACAAAGUAGACUCCCUUCCUUAAUUUCCAGUACCAUUCGAAGCUCAUCUCCCUAUGGUCGUACUAUGUCUCCUACUCUAGGAGCUCAACCCCUGGAAAGUUUACGACGUAAUAUCAGAAGUAUUCCCAAAUUAUCUCAAUCCUUACCAUCCAGAACAUCCAAAACAUCCCAGAAAUUGGUUCUUAUUCCUGAUCAACAACGGUACAAUUCGCCUCCACCUCAGAAUAUCACAUCACAAUCUUCAUCUCAAGAUUUACAUACUCAAAUCCAACGAUCUCGAGCUGAAUUAAUGGCUAAAGAAGCUCGAGCUCAGGAAUUCAGUCGUAUGACAGCAUAUUUCAUCUGUGAUCAAUUCAAUUUACUGGCAGUAUCCAAAUUUUUACGAGAGAAUCAUGAAGUUAAACCUCGGAUGUAUGACGAAGCUCUUUAUGUUCCGUAUGCUUUACCAUUAUUACCAGGUACUGAUGGAUUUCGAGUAAAAUCCAACAAUUCCAUGAAAUUACAGGCUAAUAAGCGUAUAAUGGAGAAGUUAAUUAAUCGUAGUGAACAGGCAACUCAUUUAUAUGAGUAUUAUUCUGGAGUAGAGACUCCUGAAGAUGCUAACAAUUAUUCGAUGGAUCCCGAGACGGAGAAUUUCGAUAAUUCCCCCUUUGAUCCCUCUGAACCGCAAUUCUUUGCUCCUCCUUUAGAAACUAGCCGGAUUAGUGAGGAUGGAGUUAAUAGUAUCAAUAGUAUCAAUAGUGCCGAAUCUGCCACUUCUGUAAACUCUCCUAAUGGAGAAACUACCACUUCCAAUUCUAAUUCUAAUUCGCAUUCCAAUUCAAAUUCAAAUUCAAAUUCAAAUUCAAAUUCAAAUUCAAAGAGAUCAUCUCAUAAUAUUCAUACUCAAGCUGAGAUAUCCAAACACCAUGCCGAAAUGUUUAUCUUUGCUUAUGGGAUUGUGGUAUUCUGGAAUUUUUCAGAGAUCCAUGAAAAGAAUAUUUUAGCCGAUUUGGCCUUUGCAUCAGAUGAACCUGAACCACUAUUAAUUAACCCUAUAGAUGAACAAGAUAUUGAAACUGAAGAGUUUCAUUUUGAGUAUGAUAAUCAGAUCCAUCGUCCACGGAUUUAUAAUGAUAUGAUCACCUUACGGUCGGGAGAUCAUCUUAUUAAAUUGACUAUGUCUCAUGCUAUAGCUCAACUGACUAAAUUAUGUUUAUUUGAGAGUCGAAUGGUGAAUGUUUUACAACUGAUUUCUAAAUUACCCAGAAAAUUAGCAUUAACUGGUAGAUUAGGACUUAAGAGAACUCAAUUACUUAAGAAAUCAGGGAAAUUAUUUAAACUCCGAGUGGAUGUUAACCUUUCUAGUUCAAUUCUUGAUACACCCGACUUCUUCUGGUCGUUUGAACCAGCUUUACAUCCUCUUUACAAUGCAGUUCGUGAAUAUCUUGAAAUCGAUCAACGAGUUCAAGUACUUAAUGAUAGAUGUAAGGUAUUCUUAGAAUUUCUGGAUAUUGUUAGUGAUAGUAUGAAUGAAAAGAAUACCAAUCGGAUUACAUGGAUGAUUAUUGUUAUCAUCUUUCUCAGCUUAUUUGUUAGUCUCUUUGAGUUCUUACUUGAGAUUAUAUAGUGGAAUAUAAGUUUCAUAAUAAUAGAAAAAACAUAUAUUACAUAAUCUACAUCAUUAAUUGAAGCAUACUAAUAGAGGUAUACUUAAGAUUAAAUAGAAUCUCUACA